GAGAACAUAUCCCUUUGGAGUUGAUGACUCGUUGGAACAAUGAGGUUCUACAGCCUGGACAAUGGCCUGGCUUCCAGGGACGCGCUUCCGCACCCACGGCCAUGGGUGCCAUGGGUGCCAUGGGUGCCGUGACGGCACCAGAGAUCUCCAGGGAUAUGUUGGGAGGCCUCCAAAGCUUCACUGCCCCCUCAAUGGCACCGCCGCUUGCGCCCAAUCCCGGGGUACCGCCCAUGCCCGGCUUCGCUCAUCCCAGCUUCAGCACGCAGCACGCGGCACCAGUGGCGACCCAUCCUGGGCACCCCGUGGUGCGGCAGCAACUGCAGCGCCCGGAAAUUCGCACCACCGGGCGAUUGCAGGAGGCCAGAGCCGAUGGCGGUGUGAGGCUGCAGCGGCAAUCGAAUCACGGUGCUGCCGCACGGCUGCAACAGGAGCUUCAUGCACACGCACUGCAUGAGGCGCCACCUUCGGACGACAAGAUGCCGAUGCCACAUUUUGAGCACAAGCUCGAGCCCUACGCCUACUUGGAACGCCGUUUGCAAUGGAUCCAAGAGGACUUGCAACGUCAGCAGACGCGGCUGGUGGAAGAAUCUCUGCCAAAACAGGCUCCUCGUGAGCAGGACAUGUCAGCAAUGCAUCAGAUGCUCCAACGAAUGCAGGUCGAACGAAGAGGCCGCGAAGAACUGGAAAGCAAAAUCUCCGGUUUGGAAUCCACGUUGAUGAAAGAACGUGCUGAACACAAUCUCGGCAUGCAGCAGAUGCAGCAGCACUAUGAGAAGGUGAUGAACGACCUGAGCAGUCACUUUGAACAUAACCUGAAAGUCUCCCAGGACAAUCUCUUCAGACAAGCGCAACGCCUGGAAGAUAUGCUCAAGGCAACCUUUCAGAACGUGGAGAACCGCCUCGCCAGCGGCGCCUUUUCCAAGGACCAUUGGGUGCCCAUUUCACUGGAGCGAGACGCCGGAGGUGAGAGCACCACACCCAACUGGUUGACCGUGGCCGGCGGCCACGGCCACGGCCACAGUGGCCUUGGUGCCCGAAAAGAGGUGAAGGACGUGCGCAGACAGAUGGUCAGCGGACCUCUGGUUGCACCUGGCCGAGCCAAAAGUCCGAUGGGACCCGGGGGCUCCAUGAAAUGUUCUCGGGGCGGCGCCGGACCUGGGGCCGAAGAGCCGAUGAUGUCGGGCAAGACCUUGGGUGAGAUGCUGCAACGCCUUCAUCAGGAGAAUCAAGAGCUCCAACGAGUGCAUCACGAGUUAUCGCAGCAAAAAUCCCGCAAGAGCAGCAAGGAGACAUCCAAGAACCACUCUCCGAUCCAGACACCAGGCAAGUAUCCGCAAUGGCCACUGUAUCGCCCUGCCGGAUGA